AUGGAGCGGUUGGUGACGUUGAGGGCUUCCAACCCUGUCGUCCCGCUCGCCACCCAUUUGGAUAUUGUGGAGUGGGAAACAAAGCAGGAAGAGGAGGACGGCUCUUUAGAUUCACUGCUGUCUCCUUUGGAAGAGAAGGAGAAGGACGUGAGCUGCGGAGAUUAUUCCUGCCACUGCCAAGCGCCCAUCCUGAGGCUACGGAAAGCUUUGCAAGAGCGCGAUGAGGCCCUGACCAAGAGAUGCAGAAGAAGACGCAGUGUCAGGACGAGGUCGGGGAAGGCGAGGUCGGGGAAGGCGAGGUCAGCGAAGAGGUCCAGGUUUCAGACCGAGCCGUCUCGUCCUGCGUCAGACACAGAACAAGAGGAGAUACAGCAGGACCAAGUCGUGGGUUCAGGAGCCCAGACAGAGGAGGCCACGGCGCCCGGAUCUAGCAGCCAAACUCCCUUCCCGGGCUCUGCUCUGAGUGUGUUUAUAGAGGGGUUCAGGAAGAUCUGUGAAGGCCCCAGUCCAAACAGUAAGCUGAAGCAAAAUUGUGCCACGAAGCUCAAGAGGGUGCAGCAAUUUUUGAAGUUCAUGGCGAAGGAUGAGAAAUAUCCAUCCACUCUCACUUUCCUGGCAGACCUGGACAACAUGAGGAGAUGGUUUCAGACCCUUCAGCAGAACAAGGCCGUCGCCACGGUCAACCACUACACCUCGACUAUUGGUGCAUUUCUCCAAUACUCCGAGGAGACCCCUCCGCCUGGCUGCCGGCUGACCAAGAACCACUGGAAGGAGAUCAACCGGGCAAUGAAGGAGAUCAACAAGUCCGUGAAAGGAGCCACCUCCAACAAGGAAGGCAAGGGGGUGUCUACAAAGAGCCUGCUGGAGUGCCAGUCUCUUGCCAAGGACAAGAUCCCCCAAGUGCUGAAAACCUUGGAAGAAACAAUGACACAGAGGAACCAGAACCGGUUUUACGGAUUCCUGUGUGCCUAUUUCACCUCCAUGUACGGCCACAGCCCGGGCCUUUAUAGAAACAUGAUGGUGAAGGAGGUAGAGGAGGUCCAGCGUGGCCUGUCUGGGACCUGUCUGAUCAACGUGGGAAACGCAAAACAAAUGCAAACCAGGAUCCAGAUGUCGCUGACCAAAGAGGAGUACUCUUGGUUUUCAGACUUCCUGAAAUUCAAGCACUGCCUGCCAGGGGGAAAGAAAGCCCAGUACUUCUUUUUCAAUUCCACCAACACUGAGAUCAAGAACCUUCCCGUCUACCUGAGGGAGGCGUGGAAGGAGAUGGGCCUGCCUGGAAGCCCUUCCUUCACUGACCUGCGGACUUCCAUCUUCAGUCAUGUUAAAAACGUCCUCCCGAAUGCCGACGGGGAAACGUUGUCCGACCUCAUGUGCCGCGGCAGCCGGAUGGAAGCCAAACGUUACGCGAUGAAUGCUUCCCAAGCCGGUGAAACCAGCGCCUUCCUUGAGGCGGCGUUGAAGAGAGAAGAUACCGCACCACGGGCGCGGCAGAGAACCAGCCAUCCACCUCCAGAAAGAGGAAGACGAGAGAGCACGUCUCCGAGCGGAGCACCACCCCUGAAGAGACCGAGGUACAGUACAAGGAGUCUGGCACGUCCCCGGGGAGGAGGAGCAGGAACGGACGGCCAGACAGACUCUAGGAACAUAAGAUAUUCAGAGACAACGCAUUAG